AGGCUGCAGAGAUGUUCCCCUCCUAAGGUUUCAGUCCAGCGGCCGCGUUUGACCUGAAAAGGCUUCCGUAGGGCUGUGAGUGGUUGGUUUGUGACGCAGCAGCGCUAAACGGGCAGAGAAAUUCAACUGUCAAGAUGGCGACAUCGGAGCCGAAAGCAGCUGAAACUGAAGAAGCCCAAACUGACACCCCUGUGGUUGCAAGUCCUGAGCAGUAUAUCAAACACCCCUUGCAAAACAGAUGGGCCCUGUGGUAUUUCAAAAACGACAAGAGCAAAAGCUGGACAGAGAACUUGCGUCUCAUCUCCAAGUUUGACACAGUGGAAGACUUCUGGGCAUUAUACAACCACAUACAGCAACCAAGCAAGCUUGGCUUUGGCUGUGACUAUUGCUUAUUUAAGGAUGGGAUCAAGCCGAUGUGGGAAGAUGACAGGAACAAGCUGGGGGGUCGAUGGCUGAUGACCCUAAGCAAACAGCAGAGACACAAUGACCUUGACCGCUACUGGAUGGAGACGCUGUUGUGUUUAGUUGGUGAGUCAUUUGAUGAGGCAAGUGAAGACGUGUGCGGAGCUGUGGUCAACGUCAGACCUAAAGGUGACAAAAUAGCCAUCUGGACCAGCAACUGCCAAAACAGGGAAGCCAUCAUGACGAUAGGGCAGCAUUAUAAAGAGCGUCUGAACCUCCCCAUCAAAGCCAUGAUUGGCUACCAGUCACAUGACGACACGUCCAGCAAGAGUGGAUCCACCACCAAGAACAUGUACUCUGUUUGAAUAAAUCCCGCAUUUCAACUUGCCGUAGAUUUAAACAAUUACCAACCCGCAUCAUCACAUUAAUACUUUUGAGUUGUCAACUACUUCAGUGUCCUUCCUUUUUAUUGAAAAGAGAAUUGUUCAUAGUGUAUACAGUUGGAGCUUCCCCCUGCCUGAGAAAUCAACUGAGCAUGGAGUGUCUUUAGGUACAAACGGGAAGAAGAAGGAAGGAAAGGAGAGCAGCGUUUAUUUAAGGCUGUUGUACGUGAGCUAGAGAACACAAAUAAGUUACUUUUAGAAUUUAUGAGUUCUGUGAUUAAUACCAGUGACUGGCCCUAGCUUAGCUGAGGAGGACCUUUUUCAUUUCUCAAGGCUUAAAGUUGCAAAAAACAAAACAAAAAAAACCUUUCUUAACUAUAAGACCUUGUGUUUUUUCUCAUGCAGAGUUGUCACUCCUUUUGAAAAGUGUUUCUCACCUCACAGGAUAAGAUCGUAGGUAACUUUAUUCAUUCACAGAGCAAAUUUUAAGGGCAAUUUUAACUUGAUUUAUCCAGAGGUGUUAAGCAUUAGUUGGGUUUGCAGAUGCACCAGCUUGAAGACUCUACAGUAUCUUAAAGGUUUGUAAAACAUUAGCUGUGGUCACACUCCAAAGUGUGGGAUUUGGAUAAACGGCCACUUAUUGUUUCAGCCAUGCUGGAAUUGUGGAAUAUUGCUUGUAGUACUAUUUUGAUUUUUUUUCUUCCCCUUACAUUUAUUUAUAAUGUAUGCAUUGCUGUUGAACUACUUAGUUGGAAGACAACCAUGAGACUCAUGUUCCUUCAUUUUUUUUUUAUUUUCUUUUUGUUAUUGAGGAGGUUAAAAAUGUGGACUACUGCUUAAUAGAGAACAUUUUUUUACAGUGUAUCAUACAGUAAAGAAGCUUGGACAGAAUUAGGUGUGCUUUUCACUGUUUUCUUCCUAACAAAACUGUAGAUAUGUCGCACUACUCUCUGGGUUGAUGCGAAGGAGAGAUGAUAUUCAUUGUGAAAUGAUUUUGCUCAUAAUGUAUCUUUAUUAUCUGUAAUUCCAGGAUGUAUAUUACCUUCUUUCAAGUAAAGGUUAAGUGCUUUGCAUUAAAACCAGAACCACGUGGUUUCCUUUCA